AUGGCGUGGCCCUGCAUCACCCGCGCCUGCUGCAUCGCCCGUUUCUGGAACCAGCUGGACAAGGCGGACAUCGCCGUCCCUCUCGUUUUCACCAAAUACUCGGAGGCCACCGAGCACCCCACCGCCCCCGCGCCUCCCCCGCGCCCCGCCGCCCCCAUCGACACCCAGCCCGGCGGCGAGGCGGCGGGGGAGCCGGUUCCCGGUCCUCCCCGACCCGGCCCGGCUCCUCACGCCUCUCCCCCGGCCGAUUCGGUGAUGCGACACGACUACAAGCCCUGGAAGGUGCAGCGGCCGGAGCCCAGUUGCAAACCCAAGAGCGAGUACCAGCCCUCGGAUACACCCUUCGAGAAGGAGACGCAGUACCAGAAGGAUUUCCGUGCCUGGCCCAUCCCCAAGCGGGGUGACCAUCCCUGGAUCCCCAAACCGGGACCUUCCCCCGUCCUCGCCCUGGACCGCGGUUCCCCGGAGAAACCGGCUCAGGAGAAACGACGGAAGGUGCUUCCCGGUCCCGAGAAGAAAGAGGAAGACCCCGAGGUGGAGGAUGAGCAUCCCAAAGCGGUGCGGGUCGGCGAUGGGAGAGAGAAGGGUCGGAAGAAGGCGGAGGAGGCGGGCGGGCAGCCGCCGGACGCGGGCAGGGGCAGGGCGGCCGCCGAUGCUCUCAACCGACAGAUCAAGGAGGAGGUGGCGGCGGGGGUCAGCUCGUCCUACCGAAACGAGUUCAGACCCUGGGUAGACGUCAAGCCUGUGAAAGCUAUAAAAGCGAAGGCCCAGUACAAGCCGCCAGAGGAGAAAAUGACCCAUGAAACCAGUUACAGUGCUCAAUUCAAGGGGGAAACCAGUAAGCCUGCUCCAGCCGAUAACAAAUUCCUGGAGCGCAGAAGGAUACGCACUCUCUACAGCGAACCCUACAAAGAACCGCCAAAGGUGGAAAAGCCUAGCGUAAAGCCUUCCAAACCAAAAAAGACCACAACAAGCCAUAAACCCCUGAAAAAGGCCAAAGACAAGCAGAUUGCAUCUGGCCGGGCUGCCAAGAAAAAGAGCGCCGAGACCUCCAACACGGGAAAGCCAGAGGACAAGGAGAAAAGUAAAGAGAUGAACAAUAAACUGGCUGAGGCAAAAGAGUAAAUGUCACUGCACUUUCUUUCUCUUUUUUUUCCUUUUCUUUCUUUCUUUCUUUCUUCCCUUUUUUUUUUUCCUUUGAUUAAAUAAAGGCCACAAAAUUAA